CAUAUUCCAAACAAACAACUUUUAGAAACAUCAUUAAUCGUACUAAAGAACCAAGAUGGCCUCAAUUCAACCCAACUUCUACUUUCCACACCCCCUCAACCCACCACCUUCCCACCCCUUCUAUCCUCCACCAUCACCUUUCCACCCUCCACCACCUCAUUCCUUUCCUUCUCCGCCGCCACAUGGACACCCUCCACCAGCUCUGCCACCAUCACAUCUAUUUUCUCCUCCACCACCACAUGUCCACCCCCCACCACCUCUGCCACCAUCUCAUCCAUUUUCUCCUCCACCACCACAUGUCCACCCCCCACCAUCUCCACAUCAUCCCAUUGCUCCUCCUCGACCGCCACACGUCCUCCCAUCACCACCACCAUUUCCACCCUCUCCCACUCCAUACCACCCGACAGUCAUUGUCAUUGUGAUCAUCGGAUUUGGUGGCUUUGCCUUACUUUCCAUGCUUGCUUUCGCGUUAUUUUGUUGUGUUCAGAAGAGGAAGAAGAAAAAGACACAAGAAACCGAUAUUGUUCAUAUCGAUGAACAUAAAAAGGUUACGGAAACAAUUGUUCCUGGUCCUUUUGGAAAACCACCAACCGUGGUGAUUACGGUCGAAGAUGAUGUUCAUAUUGAUGAAGUAAUUAAGAAGAAUGAAGAAGUUGAUCAUGGUUUACAUGCUGAACCAUCAAAAGUUGAAUCAAAUGAAGACAAUAUUUCUAGUAGCAAUGAAGUGGCAACUACCUCUUCUCCUGGUCGUGAACAUCAUCAUGAGAACAAGUCUUAAUGGGAAAUGUUGUGUGUAUAUUCCCAGAGAUAUUAUAUACAUGGACUCCAAACAAGGAUCCUAUUUCAUCUAAAUUUAUUUCAUUGAAUAAAUAACCUCAAUUUGUUUUUGUUUGUUCAUUUCGGUUUAAUUAUAAAUUAACCCUUCGUUUAUUAAA